GGCCGGUGGUGCUCUCCUCUCCGACUGCCAGGGACAGCAUGGCAAAAAGGGUGGCGAUCAUCGGGGCGGGGAGCAGCGGGCUGUGCGCCAUCAAGGCCUGCCUGGACGAGGGGCUGGAGCCCGUCUGCUUCGAGAGGAGCGGGGACAUCGGAGGCCUGUGGCGCUUUGAGGAGCAGCCCGAGCAGGGCCGCGCCAGCAUCUACAAGUCGGUCAUCAUCAACACCUCCAAGGAGAUGAUGUGCUUCAGCGACUUCCCCAUCCCCGACGACUUCCCCAACUACAUGCACCACUCCAAGAUCAUGGAGUACUUCCGCAUGUACGCCCGGCACUUCCAGCUGCUCCCGCACAUCCGCCUCAGGACCAGCGUGCGCCGCGUGGCCAAGCGCCCCGACUUCGCCCGCAGCGGCCAGUGGCUCGUGGAGACGGAGCGCGGCGGCGAGCGGGAGGCGGCCACCUUCGACGCCGUGCUCGUGUGCACCGGCCACCACACGGACGCGCACCUGCCGCUGCGCAGCUUCCCCGGCAUUGAGAAGUUCCAGGGGAGCUACCUCCACAGCCGCGACUACAAGGACCCCCAGGCUUUCACGGACAAGAGGGUCAUUGUCAUCGGCAUCGGGAAUUCGGGGUCGGACCUGGCUGUGGAGAUCAGCCAAACGGCCAAGCAGGUCUUCCUCAGCACCCGUCGCGGUGCGUGGAUCCUCAACCGCGUGGGAGACCAGGGGCUCCCCAUGGACGUCGUCUUCACCACCCGCAUGAACAAAAUCAUCUCCAGCCUGAUGUCCAUGUCCAUGAUAUGCAACUGGUCAGAGAAGCAGCUGAACGCAAGAUUCAACCACUCGCACUACGGUCUGAAGCCAAAGCACAGGUUCCUCCACCAGCACCCGACCAUCAACGACGACCUGCCCAACCGCAUCAUCUCGGGCAGGGUGCGGGUCAAGCCCAACAUCCGCGAGUUCACGGCCACCGCUGCCAUCUUCGAGGAUGGCACCACGGAAGACAACAUCGACGCCGUCGUCUUCGCCACGGGCUACAGCUUCGCCUUCCCCUUCCUCGAGGACUGCGUGACGGUGGUGGAGAACCAGAUCCCCCUCUACAAAUACGUCUUCCCCGUGCACCUGGAGAAGCCCACUCUGGCCUUCGUCGGCCUCAUCCAGCCGCUGGGCGCCAUCAUGCCCAUCUCGGAGCUGCAGUGCCGCUGGGCCACGCGCGUCUUCAAGGGGCUCUGCGCGCUGCCGCCCCGGCACGACAUGGAGGCCGACAUCGAGCGCAAGCGGGAGGCCAUGGCCAAGCGGUACGUGCGCAGCCCGCGGCACACCAUCCAGGUGGACUACAUCCCCUACAUGGACGAGCUGGCCGAGCAGGUGGGCGUGAGGCCCAGCCUGGCCGGCCUCUUCCUCCGCGACCCGCGCCUGGCGGCCGAGGUGCUGCUGGGCCCCUGCACACCCUACCAGUACCGCCUGCGGGGCCCGGGGCGCUGGCACGGCGCCCGCGCCGCCAUCCUCACCCAGCGCCAGCGCAUCAUCAAGCCGCUGCGCACCAGGCACGUGGAGGAGGACGCGGCGGCCUCCUCGGUGCCGCUCCUGGCUGUGCUGCUCGCCGCCGUGGCCGCCUUCGCCCUCCUCCUCGCGUACGUCUAGGCUCCCGCCCGUGCUGCCGCAGGGACACGGAGCCCUCGGAAGCAUCAGGAAGAGCCAGGACUCUGUGCGGGACCCAGGGAAACCCGUCCCCGAGGACGCAGGUCCCCACGGCUGCUCAGUGCCUCCCGGCGCUGCCCCUGCAGCUGCGUGGGGAGCCCUGAUAACGCUCCGGGGAAGCCCGUCCGUCCCGGCAGCACCCUGACCCUGCUGCCG